AUGAUUAAAUUAAUAACUAAAGCUGAUUAAUUUGGAGCUGUUUAUCGUCCAACCUUCAAUUCUAAAGAUGCUUACUAAACUUUCUUUGGCGGAUUGAUCACAAUAACCCUCUAUAGUUUAUGCAUCUCCUACAUGAUUUAUAUGUUCAUAUAAUGGGGAACCCAUCAAAUAUUACCAAGAAGUUCAUUGUCAGAAGAAGUAAAAGAAAAUCUUUAUAUGGAAUUUGACUAUGAUCUAGUUCAAAUUAAACUUUCGAAUGAUGUCGAUCCUUUCUCGAAGGUUAACAACAUUCUGGUUCCACAAUUUUAUGUCCUAACUAAUUAAGUUAAGUCAGACCCAGUUGUUGUAUUUCCUAAUGCUGAUGGUUGGGUUGUGCCUAAAAAUUAUAAAUUCAAAUUAAGUCCAACGGAAAAUCUAGACGCUUAACUGUAAUUUAUAGCAUGUUCUUCAGAAUAUAUAAUUGAAGGCAUGACUUGUGCAAGUGAUCAAGAAAUAAGUGAUUUCUUUAAUUCUAAGACUACUAUUUCAGUUGUUAUUUAGGUAACCAAAUUUAAUGUGAAAACUGAGGAAUUUUAUAGGAUACCUAAAAAAUUAGAAUUCAUUAUUUAAAAAGAAUAAACUAUAUUUAAUAAAUAUUCUGUCAAAACAUCUUAUGCUUAAAUCGAUAAUGGAGUUGUAUUCCCAGAAAAUAACCAAUAUUAAUUUAUAAGUGAUUAUACAUUAGCUACUCAAUCACUCUAAUUGAAUACCCAACAAUAAAUAUACAAAAAAAGCAUCUACGCACAAUUCACUUUUUCAUUAGAUAACAUUCAACAAAUUAACUAUAUCACUUAUGCACAUUUAGAUGAGGUGUUAGCUUCUAUUGGUUCAAUUUGGUCAAUCAUCUUGAUCUUAUCCUAUUGUGCUGUGUUAUUUAAUGAAUUUAAUCAAUCAGAAUAUCUCUAUCGAAAGAUCAUUUCAUUCUAUUAUCCUUAAUUUAGAUUCCUAUAAAUCAGAUAAAACUUUGUUGGAAAAAUUACUAAAGUAACUGGGUAUGGAUAAUCAUAUGAUCCAAUUGAAUUUACAAAAUAUUAUGAGAAACUAAAACAGGAUGCUGCUUAAAAGAUGAAAGUUAAGAACAUUUUAUAUGAGAUCUCUAGAAUAUAAUUUAUACUUCAAUCUAUACAAGAGCGUAAUCUAAUUGUUAAUAGUCAUAAUGUUGGCAUCAAAUUGAAGUUAUUAGAUAAAGAUUCAUCUGAAUUCCCUAAUAUAUUACCUCAUGAAAAUCAGUUGAAUGAUAAUGAUUUCAUGUUGUUAUCAAAGCAAAAAUUAAAUACCAAAACAGAUCCAGGAAAAAAUAAGUUUUAUCAACUGAAUGUUAUGAAUCAUGCCAGAAUUGAGACCACGUAAAUUAAUACAAGUUAAGAUAAAUUUACAUUAAUUACAUGA